UGCACUUUUUCUCUUUUGUUUUGUCAACACACUUCCCCCGUCCCAUGUGAUACCUCUGAUGACGUCGCGUCGUCCUGAUGCAGGGGGUUUCCAUCAUGGCGUCGAUGCAGAAACGGCUACAAAAGGAACUAAUGGCUUUGCAAAAUGAUCCGCCCCCUGGAAUGACGCUCAAUGAGAAAAGUGUACAGAACACCAUCACACAAUGGAUUGUAGAUAUGGAAGGAGCCACGGGCACGCUCUACGAAGGAGAGAAAUUUCAGCUGCUUUUCAAAUUCAGUAGUCGGUAUCCUUUCGAUUCACCUCAGGUAAUGUUCACGGGAGAGAAUAUACCUGUCCAUCCUCACGUUUAUAGCAACGGUCACAUCUGUCUAUCUAUACUGACUGAAGACUGGUCGCCAGCCCUCUCAGUGCAGUCGGUCUGUCUCAGCAUCAUCAGCAUGUUGUCCAGCUGCAAAGAAAAGAGACGGCCUCCCGAUAACUCCUUUUACGUAAGAACAUGUAACAAAAACCCAAAGAAAACAAAAUGGUGGUAUCACGAUGAUACAUGCUAAUAAACGCUGUCAUAAGUUCCAGAAGAAAGAAGGCCUACUGAACCGCAUAAAGCACUUUUGAAUCAUACAGUCACUGAACUCUGCCCUUUUGACUGGAACAAAUGGACACCAUGAUGCGCCGGAGACUCUGUUCGAACUGCAUUUCCCAGAGGGCAGUUGGGUGCAUGUUUUUAGCCGGUUGUAAUAUACAAAAAAAAUAUAAGAAUAAUAAAGAAACGUUGUGUGUACCAACAAUGGAUUGUUUUUGCAAAAUAAGGUCAUUAUGCAGCCAGCGAGAGAAAUGGUUUCGUAGUGAGAUUAUUAGUGUUAUUGUUUUAAAGAUGAUUCUUUGUUUCCUUUUGUGUUUAUUUUGGGGUACAUUUUUAAAAGGUUGUCAUUAUGUUCUGUGCAAUACAACGGUAUGAUGCAUGGUUGGGCCCUAACAAAGAUAUCUGGAAGGGGUCUGAGCAUCUUAACACCCCCCCCCCCCC